AUGCCCCGUCAAUCCAAGAAUCUGGCAGAUAAACUCAUUGAAGAGAUUAUACAAUUGAAAGAGGAUACAGAUUCAUGCAAUAAAGAGAUAUACAAGUUUGAGGGUAUGAUUCAAUCUGGGCGGUAUGAAGAUGGGUGGGAUGUCUCUGAAGUUAGAGUGACACUUGCUGAACUCAAAGAGAAAUGCAACAAACUAGAGAAAGCCUACAAAAGUAAACGUGGAAUGCUUGGAACAGAUGGCCGACUCCAGCUUGAUCGGUUAUUGGGAAACAAAUUCUUAAAAGUCCAGAUAAAUGCCUUGGCCUUAAAAAAGAGGUUGAGAACCAGACUUCAGCAGCGAAAAUUUGAACUUGAUGGAUUGGAAAGAGCUUACCGUAAAACAAAUACCAAUGAGAAGAAGCUACUGGACCACUCAGUGUCUCAAAUCAAGCGGAAGGAACCUGGUAUUCAACAGCUUGCAAAAAAAUACAAUGAGUUAUGUGGAGAGUUGGAGGCUAUGAUUAAGAAGAAACAAGCACCACGUGGUGCUCGUGCACCUCAUCCUAUUGCUAGUGAUGGAUUGUUCAAGCUGGAUGUUGAUGAUGACAUAUGGCAAGAUGUGGGCCUAGAUGAGACUGAUCUUUUACCUGGAGGAGAAAUCCCCAAUUGGUUGGGUGAUGAAAAUGUUCGAAAGGGAAUAAAAUCCAUGCUUGAGUUGGAUAGAUGUAAUGAGGAAGAAAGAAGACUAUCAUAUGAGAGAAGUGCCAUGCAAGAUUGGCUCAUUGAGGAGUGGAAAUGUGUAACAAUGGCUAUGGAGAAGAAUGAAUUUUUAGCACGCUUAUGCAACAACUGGCAAGACAAAACACGUAUGAUUGAUCCUCACAAACCUAUGCCAGAUUCAUGGGGACCAUCAUUGGAAGAUCUUAUGGAGGCACAUAAGUUUGAAAUGACUGCCAUGGUUGCUGAGAAUGAAAGAGAGAUAUAUGAUGAUGACAAUGAAGAGGAGGAAGAUGAUGAGGAUGAUGAGGGUGAUGAAGAAGAGGGUGAAGAGACAGAGUUAUUGGAGGCUGUUGAGAUGGUAGCUUUAUCUGAUGAGUUUCGAAAAAGCUAUACAGACUCAUUGUUUUGA